AUGUUGAGGGAGUCAGUGUCCAAAGCGGUACCCUCUAGGGCUCUACUUCGUCCUCAGCGCGUUUUUUCCACUUCACUGCCCGUCAGGAGAGCCGCGGCAACCAAUCCGAUCAAGGCAGAGCCCGAGGCCCGGGUCAAAUCCUGGUCUUCAUGCAAAUAUCCUCUCAUCGAGCAUGAGUACGAUGCUAUCGUCGUUGGUGCCGGCGGCGCGGGCCUUCGCGCUGCCUUCGGUCUUGCGGAAGCUGGCUUCAACACGGCUUGCAUCACAAAACUAUUCCCAACCCGGAGUCACACUGUCGCAGCACAGGGUGGUAUCAAUGCCGCUCUCGGUAACAUGACAGAAGACGACUGGCGAUGGCACAUGUAUGAUACCGUAAAAGGCUCUGACUGGCUUGGCGACCAGGACGCUAUUCAUUAUAUGUGCCGCGAGGCUCCCAGAUCAGUUAUCGAGCUUGAACAUUAUGGUGUUCCAUUCUCCCGUACCAAGGAUGGAAAGAUUUACCAACGUGCCCUGGGUGGUCAGUCUUUGAACUACGGCACAGGCGGUCAAGCAUACCGUUGUGCUGCGGCUGCCGAUCGUACCGGUCACGCUCUCCUCCACACCCUCUACGGCCAAUCGCUCCGACACAACACGAAUUUCUUUAUUGAAUACUUUGCUCUGGACUUGAUUAUGCAGGAUGGCGAGUGUGUUGGAGUCAUUGCACUCAACAUGGAGGACGGUAUGCUCCACCGCUUCAGGGCUCACAAAACGGUGCUCGCAACCGGUGGUUAUGGUCGUGCGUAUUUCAGCUGCACGAGUGCACACACUUGUUCGGGUGAUGGUAAUGCAAUGGUUGCUCGUGCUGGUCUUCCUCUACAGGAUCUGGAGUUUGUCCAGUUCCACCCAACUGGUAUCUAUGGCGCCGGCUGCUUGAUUUCUGAGGGUUGUCGUGGCGAGGGAGGCUACCUCUUGAAUGGUGAGGGUGAGCGUUUCAUGGAGCGUUACGCACCCACUGCCAAGGAUCUUGCGUCGCGUGAUGUCGUAUCUCGUUCGAUGACGAUUGAGAUUCGUGAAGGCCGUGGUGCUGGACCUCAAAAGGACCACAUACACCUUCAACUCAGCCAUUUGCCCCCUGAAAUUCUCCACGAGAGGUUGCCCGGUAUCUCUGAGACUGCAGCUAUUUUCUCUGGAGUCGAUGUCUCAAAGGAGCCUAUCCCAGUGCUACCUACUGUCCAUUAUAACAUGGGUGGUAUUCCCACUAGGUAUACUGGCGAGGUGCUGACGGUUGAUGAGAAUGGCAAGGACAAGACUGUUCCUGGUCUGUAUGCAGCUGGUGAGGCUGCGUGCGUGUCCGUUCACGGCGCGAACCGUCUUGGUGCAAACUCCCUCCUGGAUCUCGUCGUCUUUGGUCGCGCGUGUGCUCGUCAUAUCACGGAGAACUUGAUUCCCGGAAAGCCUCAUAGGGCUAUUCCUGAAGAAGCUGGCCUCGAAAGCGUAGAGUUCCUGGACCAGAUCAGAAAUGCCGAUGGCCCAAAGGCUACUGCCGAUAUAAGGCUGGAGAUGCAGAAAGCCAUGCAAUCUAAUGCCGCUCUCUUCCGCACGCAGCAAAGUCUCGACGAAGGUGUUCAGAAGGUCCAUCAGAUAUACAAAUCAUUUGACAACAUUGGCAUUAAGGAUAGAAGCAUGAUUUGGAACUCUGACCUUGUUGAGACUCUUGAGCUGCGCAACCUCCUGCAGUGUGCAGUUCAAACUAUGACAGCUGCUGCGGCUCGCAAGGAGUCCCGUGGUGCUCACGCUCGCGAGGACUAUCCUGAGCGUGACGACGACAACUGGAUGAAGCACACUCUCACAUGGCAGGCCAAUGUCAACUUACCCGACGUCACUCUCAAGUACCGCGGUGUAAUUGACAAGACUCUGGAUGAGAAUGAAUGCAAGGCAAUCCCGCCAUUCAAACGUACAUAUUGA